AGUUGGCAACAAUUGUCAGUCUGUCACUGUCAGCCAACCUACGAUCCACCGAUCCCGAUUUCUUGAUCGCAAGAUCAUUACAAUUUAUUUUAUAUCAAGACUUAGAUAGAAAAAUAACGAUGUCGAACGAAGGUAUCUCGCCGCAGGAGAUCGAGGUACUUUGCCAGACCCCUGACCCCUCAACCAGGGAUUUCAUGUUUCAACAAACAAUGUACCGCAUCAAAGACCCUAGAAAAUCCAUCCCAUUCUACACCGGUGUCCUUGGUAUGACUCUGUUGAAACAGCUCCACUUCCCCGAGAUGAAGUUCUCAUUGUUCUUCAUGGGGUAUGAAAAUGCUGGUGAAAUACCGUCUGAUGAGGCUACGAGGACCGCUUGGGCGAUGACAAGAAAGGCUACCUUGGAGUUGACUUAUAACUGGGGAACAGAGAGUGAUGACUCGAGCUACCACAACGGUAACUCAGACCCUCGGGGUUUCGGACACAUCGGUAUAUUGGUGCGAAAUGUUGACGAGGCUUGUGCAAGAUUUGAACAGCAAGGAGUGAAGUUCAUCAAGCGGCCGAAUGACGGUAAAAUGAAAGGACUAGCUUUCAUCCAAGAUCCCGACGGUUAUUGGAUAGAGAUCUUCACAAGUAGUGUUGUUUAACCUGCAAAUACACUUUUGGUACAGUGUAGGAUUACUUGACGGCGAAGUAUGCGAUGGGGAUUUUUUGACCAUAAAGUUGAAAGUGUAUUGAGAUAUAUUUGACAGUUGUUUGUUGUCUUAAAACUAGAACAAUACUUAAAAUUGUGUACUUAAUGAUGCCUGUACCGUGGAAUAAUAAUGACAAAAUCUCUUAUUCACUCGCCGAAGCUCGCGUCAACCUAAGUCAAUGAUUAAAAUUGGUUUAGAAAAGAUCUAUUAACAUAUUCAGUAAUAUGUAUGUGUUUAUAUUAAUUUAUCGAUUAUCGUCAGUCUCCUAAACUAGAGAAUGGCUGGACCGGUUGUGGUAAUUACGGUUUCCAAAUCUCAAGAACGUUCUGAUAAAUACGCGAGCGGAAUCGCGGCCAAUAAUUUGUAUAAUGUAUAAGUUGUUUACACUAAUGCUACACUGUACCAAUAUAGAAUCAUGUACCAUUUGUGUAUAAGCACUGUUUAAUCCAAACCCAUGUAUAGGCCAAGUUUGAAAUAUAACUAAUGACAGUUUUUAAUGGAUUAUAAUUGUGAAAAAAGUGAUGUGAUUAUUAAGAGGAGUUUUAUGAAUAACGGUGUUACAUAUCUUGCAUAGCCAACCGAUGUCUAUUAACACAGUAGAUGCCUUCUUUUUUAUGGAAGAAAUUUUAAAUUAAAUACAAAUUAUAUAUUGUAUAGGAUAUUAUUUACGUCACAGUCAGGACUUCUACUGCGAUUGCUGUCUAAAAGCGCUAUUCUCUGCGUCUAUUAUCGAGGUAAUUGAUCAAAGGUUUAAAAUUUCCUUUUUUACUCAACGGUUUUUAUAUAAUUUUGAUGCGCAUUGUAUUGCAUCAUAUUUGUGAAUUUGCAAGAUAUGUAAUAAUACUGUUUAUCUAAGAGAAGAAAAGUUUAAUAAGGUUUGUCAAUUGCAUCUGCAUAGCAUAUCUUAUAAUUGGUAUACCUAAUAUAACAAAAAAAGCUGUAAAUGCCGAUUGGUAAAGUAAA